GCUGAAGUUAAGGAGCCGUAGAGCGCAGCUGCCUGGACAGCUCUAUUAUUGCUGCUAGCGCCUAGUUUCUCUUUCUUGGUUGAAAAGCGUCGCGCGCCCCCUGAGCCCGAGGGGUUGGAGAAGCGGACGCCGGGGAGAGAGAGAGAGAGAGAGACAGACAUGGGAACCGGGAGCUCUACGGAAGCGCGGAGCCCGCAGGAUGAGACCACCGCAGCGGGAGAUUCCCAGCCCGGGAGUCCUGGAGGACGGACGCCAACGGAAGCCGUGGCCGAAGCCGAGGAGCCUGAGGACUCCUCCAAGAUUUUACAUAAAAAUGGACAGAUAUCCAGCAUUAGUGAAAUUACCAAAGAGCAUGUGGAGCUCAGCCAUGAACCAGAAGUGCUGAAAGAACAGCAGGCAGUUCUUACAUUAGAAGUUGGUGAAGCAAAAGCGGCAAAUUUAAUUCUGGAAGAGGAAUCUCCUGAAAAUAUCAAGACCAGCCCACCAGAAUUAAAUGACAAGUCAAAUGAAGAUGAGACCCAGAAAGACCCAGAAGAUUCUAAUAAACAGCUGGAAUCAGAAGAAAAAGAAGAUCAGCCUAGUGUAUCUCCAUCAAAUGAUGUUGGAUUUAAAAAGGUUUUUAAAUUAGUUGGAUUCAAAUUUACAGUUAAAAAGGAUAAAACAGAGAAAGCUGAACCUGUUCAGCUAUUGGAUGUAAAGCCAGAGGUCGCAGAAGGGUCUCGUGAUGUAGCUGAAGACUAUAAACAAUUCAAGACAGAGACAGUGGCAGAAGCCACACAAAGUGAAAUCACUGCCUCUGUAGACAAGACUGAGGAAGAAACUCAAGUUGAGGAGAUGGAACGAGAAACCUCAUCUGAGAAAGUAACAGAAAGCCCUGUUGAAGCAGAAAGCAAAGAGGCAGAAAUUAAAAACAAUGGGAUUAAAUCUGCAGAGUCUCCGGUAAGCCCAUCAACUGCUGAAACUGCAUCACCUCUAAGAAAGUUUUUUACUCAGAGUUGGGCUGGGUUUAGAAAAAGGACGAGCUUCAGAAGAUCUAAAGAAGAAGUGCAAUCUGAGAAAGAAAAACAAGAACAGGAAAUGGAGAAAGAAGUGACAGAGGUAAUAAUUGUUGAAGAAGAAUUAGAAAAAGAAAAACAGACACCAGGAAAAGAUGAGUCAGAAGUUUCUUUCCAAACCAGUGAUAAAAAAAUGGAAAGUGAGAAAGAGAGAAAAGAAGAAACAAAAAUGGUCAAAGUUCCAGCAGAAACUGAUCUGAAAGAAACUGGCACUCCCACGGAGCAGCCAUCAGCAGAAGAACUGGCUGAAAAUAUAAAUAAAGACAUUUCUUUUGAAGCCAGUGAUGAAAAAAUGGAAGGCGAGAAAGAAAGGGCAGAAGAAAUAAAAAUGGUCAAAGUUCCAACAGAAACCGACCUGAAAGAAGCUGCUACUCCCAGGGAGCAACCACCAGCAGAAGAACUGGCUGAAAAUAUAAAAGAAAUGGAUAUAAUCUUGGAAGGGGAGACUGACUUGGAGUCCAAGGAAAAAUUGGAACGAGUACAAAAAAGUCGAAUGGGCAUAGAGCAAAGUGUUGUUUCAUUGCAUGAAUCAAAAACAGAACUUUUAAAUAAAGUAUUUGAAGAAGAAAUAAACCAAUUGGAUUCACUGUCUCCAGUAGCAAUAGAAAAGCCUGAGGAACCUUUUGAAAUAAUAGAACCAAGGGCUCCUCUGGCCACAGAGGUUUUUGAUGAAAAACCUAGAGAGAUAGAUAUUGGUGUUAGUGCUGUUGUGACAGAAGAAAAAACCCAAAUAACUAAAAAAGAACAACCAAUUCUUGAACAAUUAGUGGAAACAAAUGAUGACUUUCAGAAAGAACAGCCCACCGUUGAACAGUUAAAAGUCACAGAAACAGUUCUUGAAAUAGCGAAGGAACACUUCAUCCAAACCGAUCCAAGCAGUCUUGAUGCUGCAGCAGGCAAACUCCCAGAAGGCAUAAUAACAAGUGAGGCAGAAUUGCUGUCAUCUCAAGAAAAAGCCAAGAUGCAAGGCAGCCCUUUAAAGAAACUUUUUACGGGUCCUGGCUUAAAGAAAAUGUCAAGAAAGAAACGCAAAGGAAAGAAAGAAGCUAAACCAGAGGAAGCAGCAGAAGAAGCACAGCAGUUGUCUGAUACUGCAGAAAGUCCAGAUGACCCAAGGGGAGAGAGUUCUGCUUCUUCUCCUGAAGAAAUAACAGAAUCUAUAGAAAAGGCCCCGGAUGCUGCACAGAUGCCUGAAGCUGAAGAAGGGUUUCCUUUAGAUGCAGAGAAGAAAAGAGAAAGUGUUACACCUUGGGCAUCUUUUAAAAAAAUGGUGACUCCAAAGAAACGGGUUAGGAGACUUUCUGAAGGUGACAGAGAAGAAGAACUUGAUAAGACAACCGAAAGUGGACCUAAUGACGAACAGGAAGAUACUAAAGAAAAUGGUGAGGAACAAAAAAUAGAAAAAAGUGCAGAUGAGCCCAAGAAAAAAGUUGAUACUUCUGUAUCAUGGGAAGCUUUAAUCUGUGUAGGCUCAUCAAAGAGAAGAAGCCGAAAAUCUUCAUCUUCUGAUGAAGAAGCUGGACAAAGACUUGCUCAAGAUGAACAAAAAUUAGACGAGAGUGCACCAAAUAAAGAAGCAGUACAUGAUACCAUCUUUACUAACUCACAUGAAAGUGAUCAAGGACAAGGAAGUUCUUCACCAGAGCAAGCAGGAAGCCCAUCUGAAACAGAGGGAAUUUCAACAUGGGAAUCUUUUAAAAGACUAGUAACUCCAAGAAGAAAAUCGAAAACAAGGAUGGAAGAGAAAAAUGAUGAACCCACCACAGUUCCAAGUUUAGAACAUGCCACCUUAGAUGGGGAUACCGGAAAAGAAGAAUCCUGGGUUUCAUUUAAAAAAUUAAUGCCUGGUCGUAGGAAGAAAAAGUCUGAUGGAAUACCAGAGCAUGCUCCUGUUCUAGAAGCUGGAGAAGAAAUGACAGGAACAAAUGAGGAGGACUUUGAUGUCCCAGCUGUGGUUCCUUUAUCAGAGUACGAUGCUGCUGAGCAAGAGAAAUUUGAAGCUCAAAAAUCAGAGCAAGAUGAUAUGGAUAAGGAAAUUCCAAGUCAAAAUAUAGAAAAGUCAGAAAGUACAUCAGUAACUCAGCAGGUCAUUGAAGGAUUAGUUCAUGCCGUUGCUGUCUCAGUGCUAGAAGGUGAGAGAGCAAUUAUAAGUAUUGAAGAAAGAUCACCAUCUUGGAUACCAGCUGCUGUGACUGUGUCCACUGAACAUGUGAAUGAUGAUGAGGAACAGUCUGAGCAGCUUUCUGGAACUGGAAUUGUUGAAGAAACAGUAGUGGUUACUAAACUUGAGCCACAAAUGAGAAAGGAUAUUAGUGGUGAUAGUAUAAUCGGGGACCUGGAGUUAACCUCAGAAGCAGUUACAGCUAGGGAAGAAGCUUCAGUCAUUGAAGAGACAACUGAAAUAUCUUGUGCUAAAGAAACAACUGAAAUGUCUUGUGCUGAAGAGACAACUGAAAUGAUUUCGGCAGUUUCAAGGCUAACUGAGUCUCCUGAUACUACAGAAAUAGCUACACCAGUGCAAGAGAUCGAGGAAAAUGAGCAAGAUCUGGAAGAAUUAAAUAAACAAACACAGGAUAUGUUGCAAAGUGUUGCUGAAAGAAUUAAAUUGCCUGAUGAAAAGGGGAUUAGUGCGAGUCUUACAGAAGUAACCGUUCAGCCAUUGUCAGCUAAAGAAGAACCUGAGCAAAAGCUGAUGACUUCAGAAGGAAUCCCCUCUACUGAAUUUCCAAAAGAUGUUCAACAUGAAACAAUUGAGUCUCGGGUUUACAAAAUUGUGCAGAUAAUAAUCCAAAAUGCACUUGCCCAAUUUCCGCAAAGGUCCAUGGUUCUUUCAAAGCAGAACAGUGAAACUGCAAUUCUGUAUCCUGAUCCUGAUAAACAGGCAUUUUCUGAGAAAAUAAAUUCAGUGCUAGAAGAAUCAGCAAGAAGAUGUACCAGAGAAGGCGCACCUGAAUCCCCUCCAGAAAUGGAGCUGCCAAUAUCUGAAGAAGAAACUGAGGAAAAGGUGAUGAUGGCUUCAGAAAGAAUCCCCUCUACUGAAUUUCCAAAAGAGCUUCAGCCUGAAACAAUGUCUCAGGCUUACAAAAUUGUGCAGAUAAUAAUCCAGAAGGCAGUUGCUCAGUUAAAGCAGAGGAGUGAAAUUGCAGUUCUGUGUCCUGAUCUGGACACAAUGGCAUUUUCAGAGAAAAUAGAUACAAUGCUAGAAGAAUCAGCAGGAAUAGGCACCAGAGAUGCACUCCAAAUGGGUGCAUCUGGAUCUUCUCCAGAAAUGGAGCUGCCAAAAUCUUCAUCUGAUGAAGAAAUUGAGCACAAGGUAAUUACUUCAGAAGUAAUUCCCUCUACUGACUUUCCAAGAAAUGUUCAGCCUGAAACAAUAGAGUUUCAGGCUUACAAAAUUGCACAAAUAAUAAUUGAGAAUGCAGCCACUCAGUUUCAACAAGAAUCCAUGGCUCUUUUAAAGAGUGAAACUGCAGUUUUGUAUCUUGAUCAUGAUAAGGUGGCAUUUUCUGAGAAAACAGAUUCAAUACUAGAAGAAUCAGUAGGAAGAUGCACUAGUGAAGGUGUACCCCAGAUGGGUACAUCUGGAUCCCCUUCAGAAAUGGAGCUGCCACCAUCUUCAUUGGAAGAAGAAACUGAGGAAAAGGUAAUAACUUCAGAAAGAAUCUCCUCUACUGACUUUCCAAGAGAUGUUCAGCCUGAAACAAUAGAGCUUCAGGCUUUCAAAAUUGCACAGAUAAUAAUCCAGAAUGCAGUUGCUCAAUUUCAACAAGAGUCCAUGGUUCUUUCAAAGCAGAAGAGUGAAACUGCAGAUCUGUAUCCUGAUCCUGAUGAAGUGGCAUUUUCAGAGAAAAUAGACUCAAUGCUAGAAGAAUCACCAGGGAAAUGGACCAGGGAAGGUAUAAUCCAGACACAAUCCCCUCCAGAAAUGGAGUUGCCAACAUCUUCACCUGUUGAAGAAACUGAGCAAAAAGUGAUAACUUCAGAAGGAAUCUCCUCUACUGAAUUUCCAAAAGAUGCUCAGCCUGAAAUAAUUGAAUCUCAGAGUUUAAAAAGUGCACAGGAAGAGAGUACAGUUGUUCAAUUUCAACAAGAGCCAAUGGCUCUUUCAAAGGAGAAGAGUGAAACUGCGGUUCUGUAUCCUGAUGGAGUGGCAUUUUCAGAAAAAAUAGAUUCAGUGCUAGAAGAAUCACCAGAGAAAUGCACCAGAGAUACUGCUCUCCAGAUGAGUACAUCUGGAUCGCCUCCAGAAAUUGAGCUGCCAAAAUCUUCAUCAAAAGAAGAAAUUGAGGAAAAGGUGGUGAUGACUUCAGAAGGAAUACCCUCUGCUGAAUUUCCAGAAGAAUCAGCAGGAAGAUGCACCACAGAAGGUGCAUUCGAGACGGGUACAUAUGGAUCCCCUCCAGAAAUGGAUCUGCCAACAUCUUCAGCUCAGGAAGAAGCUGAGCAAAGGGUGAUGACUUCAGAAGGAGUCUCAACAUCUACUGACUUUCCAAAAGUUGUUCUGCCUGAAACCACAGAGUCUCAGGCUUACAAAAUUGUGCAGAUAAUAAUCCAGUAUGCAGUUGCCCAAUUUCAACAUGACUCCAUGGCUCUUUCAAAACAGAAAAGAGAAACUGCCAUUCUGUAUCCUGAUCCUGAUAAAGUGGCAUUUUCAGAGAAAAUAGGUUCAGGGCUAGAAGAAUCAGCAGGAAGACACACCAGGGAAGAUGUACUCCAGAUAGGUUCAUCUAGUUUACAAACAAAAAUGGAGUUGCCAAUAUCUUCAGCUGAUAAAGAAACUGAGGAAAAUGUGAUGAUUUCAGAAGGAAUCCCCUCUACUGAAUUUCCAGAAGAGGUUCAACCUGAAACCACAGAGUCUCAGGCUUAUAAAAUUGCACAGAAAAUAAUCCAGAAUGCAGUUGCUCAAGUUCAACAAGAGUCCAUGGCUCUUUCAAAGCAGAAGAGUGAAAUUGCAGUUCUAUAUCCUGAUCAUGAUGCAGGGACGUUUUCAGAGAAAAUAGAUUCAGCGCUAGAAGAAUCAUCAGGGAAAUGCACCAGGGAAGAUGCACUCCAGACAAAUGUACCCGGAUCCCCUCCAGAAAUGGAAUUGCCAAUAUCUUCAGCUGAUGAAGAAACUGAGGAAAAAGUGAUGAUGGCUUCAGAAAGAAUCCCCUAUACCGAAUUUCCAAAAAGUGUUCAGUCUGAAGCAAUAGAAUCCCAGGCUUACAAAAUUGUGCAGAUAAUAAUCCAGAAGGCAGUUGCUCAAUUUCAACAAGAGUCCAUGGCUAUCUCAAAGCAGAAGAGUGUAGUUAUAUACCCUGAUCCUGAUCCAGUGGCAUUUUCAGAAAAAAUAGAGUCAAUGCUAAAAGAAGCAUCAGGAAGAUGCACCAGAGAAAGUGUGCUCCAAACAAGUAACUCUGGAUCCCCUUCAGAAAUGGAGGUGCUAACAUCUUCAGCUGAUAAAGAAACUGAGGAAGAGGUGAUGACUUCAAAAAGAAUUCCCUUUACUGAAUUUCAGAAAGAUGUUCUGCCUGAAACAAUAGAAUCUCGGGCUUAUAAACUUGUGCAGAUAAUAAUCCAGAAUGCAAUUGCUCAGUUUAAACAAGAGUCCAGGACUCUUUCAAAGCAGAAAAGUGAAGCUGCAGUUCUGUAUCCUGAUGCAGAUAAAAUGGCAUUUCCAGAGAAAAUAGAUUUAGUUCUAGAAGAAUCAGCAGGGAAAUGUACCAGAGAAGGUCCACUCCAGACAGAUGCAUCUGGAUCUGCUCCAGAAAUGGAGCUGCCAAAAUUUUCAUCAGAAGAAACUGAGGAAAAGGUGAUGCUUUCAGAAAGCAUCCCCUCUACUGAAUUUCCAGCAGAAACAGAAGGAAGAUGCACAACAGAGAUAGGUGCAUCUGGAUCCCCUCCAGAAAUGGAGCUGCCAAAAUCUUUAUCUGAAGAAGAAACUGAGGAAAAGUCGAUGAUUUCAGAAUGCAUCUCCUCUACUGAAUUUUCAGAAGAAUCAGCAGGAAGAUGUACCAGAGAAGAUGCAUUCCAGACAUGUGCAUCUGGAUCUCCUCCAGAAAUGGAGCUGCCAAAAUAUUCCUCCGAAGAAGAAACUGAGGGAAAAGUGAUGAUUUCAGAAUGCAUCUCCUCUACUGAAUUUCCAGAAGAAUCAGAAGGAAGAUGCACCAGAGAAUGUGCAUUCCAGAUGGGUACAUCUGGAUCUCCUCCAGAAAUGGAGCUGCCAACAUCUUCAUCAGAAGUGGAAACUGAGGAAAAGGUGGUGAUGACUUCAGAAGGAAUACCCUGUACUGAAUUUUCAGAAGAAUCGGCAGAAAAAUGCACCAGAGAAGGUGCAUUCCAGAUGAGUACAUCUGGAUCCCCUCCAGAAAUGGAGAUGCCAAAAUCUUCAUCAGAAGUAGAAACUGAGGAAAAGGUGAUGAUGACUUCAGAAGAAAUACCCUCUUGUGAAUUUGCAGAAGAAUUAGCAGAAAGAUGCACCAGAGAACAUUCACAAACAAGUACAUCUCAAUCACCUCCAGAAAUGGAGCUUCUAACAUCUUCAUCUCAGGAAGAAGCUGAGCAAAAGGUGAUGACUUCAGAAGGAGUCCUGACCUCUACUGAAUUUCCAAAAUAUGUUCAAACUGAAACAAUAGAGUCUCAGAGUUACAAAAUUGUGCAGAAAAUUAGUGCAGUUGCUCAAUUUCAACAAUCAGAAGAGGCUAUUUCUCCUUUAAAGCAGAAGAGUGAACUGUGUCUAAUGGAUUUAAAUGAAUGUGGAAUUCAGGAAGUUUUACAAGUUGAUCACCAAGUUUCUCUGGCAGAAGAGAAAAAUCAUGAAAUUCAGCCAGCAACUGUAAAUGCAGAGACAGAAGACGCCAUUGAAGUAGCAAAAGAAAUGCCUUCAUAUUCUAUAGUUUCUGAAGAUAGAGAAAACUGGAAUUCCAGAAAGACAGACGCUGAUCUUGAAACUGUGAAAGAGAUUUUAAAUGAAACAGAAAGUAAGAAAUACGAUUCAAAGCCUCAAUUAAAAGCGGAUGUAGUUGUUUCAACAGAGACUCAAAACAUCAUGCUAGGAAAUAUUGUCUCAGCAGAUCAUCCAGUAGGAUCUCUUGAAACAGAACAAUCAACAAUAAAAGAUUUAGAAGUUGGGCUUAUAGAUGAAAACCAAGAAAAGUUAAUAGAACAUCAGUCUCAGAGGAAGAGAAAAGAAGAUUACAGUCAAUCAACAGAAUUUCCUGAGAUGCCUAAAGAGGAAGACCCCAUAUCUGAUGACAGUCCUCAACUUCAGACAAAACUCAGAAAAUUCUGAGGUUUUAUUUCUGUUGAAGACUGCUUCUUACAUUUGGAGGGACCAGUAGCCAAAGAAGGUAGCAGAAAAGGAUGGAUUCUGCUUAAACUGGCUGAAGACCAAUGAUUUAGCUGUGAGAACAUGUCCGUGCUUUCAGAUGUUUUUCUGAGGAAGUCAUCUGACAAUCCUGAGUUACCAUCAGGAGCUUGAGCCACCUCCUUUAGUUUUGAUUGUGAAUACUUUCACAAUAUUCUUUUAUCUUUAUUUUUGUUGUUGAUAAGGAGGUUGUGGUGGGAUGUUGAAUGGGGGCAAGAAGUAUUUCUGUUGAAAUGAUGUCAGUCUCUUAAUCUGGAAAGGAAGUUGGCAUCUUUUGAGAUUCCCUUUCUACCAAUGUUUCUCAAACUGGAUUUUAAUUUUUGUUUAUUUAUGUUUCCUCUUCUUUCUAUGUAAAAGAUUGAAAGACAAUUAUUUCACUUGUUUGGCCAAGAGGUAGUAUGAACGACCUAUCACUAACCGUAGAUGUCUCCAACCAACUUAACAUUGGUUUCCCAUUUGCUUGGAGGAAUGUGAGAAUAAAUGUUUUAUGAUGUAUUUGCUAUAGAUUUCAGGUUAUUGCCAAACAAUACAACUUCUCUUGAUCUGUUAGUAAAUUGUAAAUCUAAUUCAUACUUCAUGAACAGUGAGAUACACUGUGAUUUCUUUAAAAUAAUUUAAGGAUUUGGCUUACAUUUGUAUUUGCAUUCAUAUUCAAAAUAAAUGCAUUAUAAGAAGAUUUAGGAUGCCUGGAAUAAAUAAAUUCAAUUUUGUUCAGUUUAUAAUAUGAGGUCAUAAUAAGUUGUACGCACAAAAUGGGCAGGCUUCAAAUGCUCAGUAACUGAAUAAUCAUUAAAAUAUUCUUUCAGAAUUUGAUCUUCUAGUCACCAAGCUGUAUAGCUAGUCAAAUUAAAUUGUAUUUUAUAGUCUUCAUAUCUAUCUAAAUGAGCUUUUUCCAAGGCCCAUCAGGUUUAUUGUCCUACCUGUAUUAUAUUUCAUUUGAAAUGUAUCCAGGAACCUAUAAAUACAUACCGUUAAGAGCUGCACAAUGUGGAAUAAAACAGAAAGAUCAUUGAUAUGACUGCACCAUCUAGUGGUCACUAUACACAUUUUAUAACUUAGGAUAACUUUUGGCUAAUAAUACUACUUUUCAGCUAAAAUAUUGAACGGCAAGUGUUUCAUACAGUUAAUUCUACAUUAUAUCUAGAAUAGCUUGGCUAUAAAAGGCAAAUAUGACAAUAAUAUGCAAUCCUGUACAUGCAUUAUGGACAUUGCAUUGGGCUGUUUUGUGCAAGUUAAUAGUGAAAGAUGUUACUCCUUUUGUAUAAAAAAAAAUCCACUUAGACUAUGGUGAGAAGGUAUCUUUGAUUUUUUUAAAAGAAAAGUCGUAUACUGGAUUUGUCGAUAUCAAGAUAUAAGCAAUUUCUUUUUAAAUUAUAAAUGGCUGUUUAUUUUAGCAUAUGUUUAAUUCAAUCAUUCUGUUUCAGUGAUUAUCUUCAUUGAUACGAAACCCAGUAGAAUCCAGGUACCCAAAGAUCAGUCAGUCAUUUUGGUAUAAGGAAAUAUUUUGCACUUUUUUCAGUUUUAAAUGCAUCAGUGAGGGAAGACACAAGAUAUAAUAAACCCUGUCUCCUCAUCAGAAACUAUUAAGUGGUGCCAAAGGGAAGAAGAGGCCAUACAAGCAAUGAGUAGUUUCUUCC